GUGGUCCAUAGCUGAUUCAGCCUCAGAAAUCGUCCCCGUAGACGGACUGCUUAACAUGAUGGCCAACAAAUCUGUUAACUUGAUCAGCAGUAGUCAACACAAUUCACAUAUAGAGAUACUGAUGAACAGAGAAAUGCACAAAAAAAUCCUCCGGUGCACGGUUCACAGUCAACUCAAGCAGCCCGCUGGCCUACAUGAGAGUGGGCCGCCGGCUGUCACUUCGUCGGCCUCUUUGGAACUGAAAAUUUUAUACGGACCACGAAUCAAGCGACAAGAGACAGUCUACGUUCCGAUUCGUUUACCCAAUCCAGAAGAUCACACUAGUAACAACCAUCUUGUCUUCCCAGAUGAUGAAAGUGGGUUUUGGAACUCGACCACGUUGGCAUGGCUCGAAUGUGAGACGGACUCAAACCCCCCUGCACAUAUUUCCUGGUAUUUCCGUCUUCCAAACGGGUCGAUGCAGUUAACUGGAUUUGAGACAAGGCAGCCAGUAAAACUAUACCAAUACGGCAACCUACUUCCCGCCUUGUCCAAAUAUUACGUUUCAACAGUUUCCACUACACUUGGAACAAAGGAUACCAACAAUGAGGUGGACCAACGCAGCAUUCAAGAAGAGAACAUAUUACGCAGUCUCUGGAAUUUCACAUGCGAAGCCUAUAGCUCCGGAUUUCCAAGGCAGCGAGCGAGCAGACUGGUGGGGCUAGCGGGCAGAAACCAAGUUUUUGUGCGGACUGGACAAUCUGUGGAGCUUCAGUGCGACAUACGUAGUUUACCUGCCCCCUUCGAAUCAAGCAUCCAGUGGAACUUUCACGCCAUCUUCUUCAAAGAAAACCCAAGGAGUUUGAAUCUAUUCACACUCUCGAAUACCGCAUUUGAGAAAUACGGGGCAACUGAUUCAAACAUUUUAGAGGUCCAUCAACUCUUGGUCAAUCGACAGUGGAUGAUCACAAACGAGGAAGUAGUUCUUGGUUGGAUUAGUCGACUAAGGAUCCAGCAUGUAACCGAAAAGCACUUUGGUCUUUACAACUGUUCUGCUAGAAACGAAUUGGGUGGUGGGUGGCACAUUACACUGUUACGGCAGGCACAGAACGAUGGAAAAGGUUA